CCCCGCCUUCGCUCGCCCGGUGCGCGGCGCAGGCCCCUCGGGCGGCGGUGAGGAGGCGCCGAGGCGGCGGCUGGGCUGAGGCGCGCAGGGCGUCGGCGAGGCUGAGGAGCGCGAGGAGGUGCGGCCGCGGCCCGGCGCCCCGCCGCCAUGAGCGGCUCCUCGGGCACCCCGUACCUGGGCAGCAAGAUCAGCCUCAUCUCCAAGGCGCAGAUCCGCUACGAGGGCAUCCUCUACACCAUCGACACGGACAACUCCACCGUGGCGCUCGCCAAAGUGAGGUCCUUUGGUACUGAAGACCGCCCCACAGAUAGGCCUGCCCCCCCAAGAGAGGAAAUCUAUGAGUACAUCAUUUUCCGAGGAAGUGAUAUCAAAGAUAUUACUGUGUGUGAACCUCCGAAAGCUCAACACACACUCCCUCAGGAUCCUGCUAUUGUUCAAUCUUCCCUGGGCUCGGCCUCGGCGGCGUCCUUCCAGCAACACGUGCCUUACAGCCCUUUCCGAGGGAUGCCACCCUACAGCCAGCUGGCGGCCAGCUCCCUGCUGAGCCAACAGUACGCAGCCUCCCUGGGCCUCGAGAAGUUGGUAAGCCCUCCAGCCUCAGCCGCUGCUUCCAGCCCUAGUUCUUCUCCAUCUCCACAACCCGUUUCAGAGCUUGACAUGUCCUCAGAGCCACAUCAGCUCACUUCCAAGGGUAACAGCAGUCUUGGAGAACUGCAUGCUGUUUCGAAGCCCGUCCCGAGAGCGAGGGGAGCUGCUUUUCCAUCCGUCCCAGUUGGCAAGAGCCCUAUGGUGGAGCAGGCUGUCCAGACUGGUUCUGUCGAUCACCUGAACGCCAAAAAGCUGUUACCUGGCAAGGGCACUGCAGGGAUGCAGCUCAACGGUCGCCAGGCCCAGCCGAGCAGCAAGACCACCAGUGAUCUAGUUCAGCCCGCAGCUGUGCAGAGUCAGGGGCAGGUGAAUGACGAGAACAGAAGGCCUCAGAGGAGGAGAGCAGGGAACAGGCGGACGAGGCCUCGCUCUCGGGGACAGAACCGCCCGCCUAGCGUGAAGGAAAACACAAUCAAGUUUGAAGGCGAUUUUGAUUUUGAGAGCGCAAAUGCUCAGUUCAACCGGGAGGAGCUGGACAAAGAAUUCAAGAAGAAACUGAACUUUAAAGAUGACAAAGCGGAGAAGGGGGAAGAGAAGGACUCGGCAGUGGUGACCCCAAGUGACGAGACCCCUGCCGAGGAAGACCUGCUGGGGCCCAACUGCUACUACGAUAAAUCCAAGUCGUUCUUUGACAACAUCUCCUCUGAACUCAAGACCAGGUUUAGUUCCAGGCGCACCACGUGGGCCGAAGAGAGGAAGCUCAAUACAGAGACCUUCGGGGUGUCAGGAAGGUUUCUUCGUGGCCGUAGUUUCCGGGGUGGAUUUCGAGGGGGCAGAGGCAAUGGUACGGCCCGUCGCAACCCAACAUCCCACCGAGCUGGGACUGGCAGGGUGUAAGGAGUACCCGAAGGCUCCCCCUGAAGCAGCACAGACACAACACUGUAUGUGGAAGGACAUCUAGAAACGCUGCACUUAUUGUGGGAGAAAUGGGUCACUUUGUUUACUAAGUUUGGAAAAUUCCCAUACUACUUAUGUUUUGGACUUAACUGAACUUGGACAUGGUCUGAGUUAAAACCACUUAUUUUUUGGGGAAGUGUUCAUGGGUAACCUCUUUGAGGUGUCUUGGCCUAUUUCUCCUUUGCAGUUGCACACAGCCCAAUUCUAAGGUUUUGGUAUUUUGCAGAAAGGUUCUGUUGUGGAUGCUUGACCCUCACUCAAUGACUUUUCUCUAAUGACAACCUUGACUUUGACUUUCAAGAGGAACCAAAUCUUAUCUGGCAGAUGUGGCAGCCAAGCGUGUCUGUAACCCAGCUGGCCUGGCACCCCCGCUGCCGGGGCUGGUCUCGGGAGCCAGGGCCAGCACAGGCAGGAGUGAGGGGCAGGGUAGGGAAGUGGGGCAUCUCGUGGAUCAUGUUGUGAAAGUGAAUGGGGUACCCUGGCGUUUAGAGUGGAGUUGGCAAGGUUAGGGGCUGGCAGGGGGUAGGGGAGGACUGGGGGAACUUUCAGGCAAAGGAAGGGGCCCCUGACACUAGCUACUUGGCUGGCAUCUAGGGAGCCCUGUGUCCACAGGGCCCUCCUCCCCGUCCCGGAUGUGAGUCAGUUUGGCACUGGACUCUGGCAGCCACUCCCGAGUGUUCUCAUCUCCUUUGGAAACAAGCCAGUCUUUUUUUUUUUUUUUUUUGCAAGGUCAGUUGACCAAAAGCCUAUUUCUUCUCAGUUGUAAAUAGUUCUGGUUUUGUUUUAAAGGUGGGGUGGAGGGAGGGUGGGGAAUAUAAAUUUGUUGCAUGAGUAAAUGGGUCAGAUCUUUUAGUGUGAGCAUGCGUCCCUCUGACAGGGCAUUUUGUUGAAAACAAGCACCUUGGUAACCAAACCCCUUUAAGUAGCCGUAAAAGGUUUUCGUUGUGUAUUGAUUAAAUUGCUGUAAAGGCUUGGGUUUAUUUUUGUAGGACUUAUUGGCUAAGAGUUAGAACAGCACUGGGGCUGCUUUGUUGGAGUAAUGUAAAUUGUGAUUAUAAAUAAACAUGCAAAUGUUUAAAACUUU